AAACUGGAUCAUCUCCACUUUUCCAAGAAAGAAAGAAAAAAGGAAAGUAAGGGGAGGGGAAGGGAAGGGGCCUCUGAGAUCCCCCCCCUAAAAAACCAUCCCUGAUGGGGGUCCUUCUGGGGGUCAAGAGCGGGGCGCCCUCCACCCUCCUGGCAGCCUUCGUCCUGAGCAUUUGCUUCUUCUCGACCGAAGCCUUCAUGAAGGAGACAAACAUCACGAUGGAGCCACCAAGGCCGGUGGAAGGAGGAAAAGUCUACCUCAUCCCACACGACUUAUCUCCCGUCCCAGUGAUCUGCCGCUGGUUCCGAGGAGAAAGGAACGAAAAUAACACCAUCGUGAUCUUUUACUUCUAUCCACACCCAUACAUUUGGAAUGCUUCAGCCUUCACCGGGCGAGAGAUCAUGAAGUCCAACUGCUCCCUUGAGAUCGUAGACUUAAACUACAACGACACUGCGAACUAUACAGUCCUGAUAGAGGGGCCUAUGGGAUCUCGGAUAGGGACUGUGGAACUUGUGAUUGAAGCUCCGCUUCCUGUUGAACCUGGCCGGGGAUUCUCCAGGUCGGUUGUUGCUGGCAUCGUCCUUGGGUGCCUGUGUGCCAUAAUCAUUCUGACCAUAGUGGUUGUUCUCGUUAAACGUUCUCCUCGCCCAGAAAUUUUCUCGCCCAGAAACACUUCUCGCCCAGAAACGCUUCCUCCAGCUGACACCACCAGUACUUCUUAGGAGAGGGUCCUUGAAGAUAUUGAUGGAUCACGCUUGAAGAAUGGAACACAGGAAAAUAAAACCGACCACCGUCGAGUCAUGAAAAGGGACGGAAAGGUCAGAUUAUUGAAACCAUAUUGAUCUCGUCCAGGUUCCAGUUGGUACCAUUUGAGAAAUACUCCUCCAAAGUUUCAUCCGCUGCACUGAUGGACCACGCAAUGACAAGGCCUUGGCCACAAAUAAAACGGAAGAGACACCCCAA